GUGGGGCAGGAGGAGGCCGAGUCGCAAGUGGCGGGAGUAAGAGGAGGGAGUGCGGAGCCUGAUUUUGGGGUCGUGGGGACUGGUGGAAGACCGGCGUGGAGGGCUGGAGGCGGCAGGGCCCGGCGAGGCCGCGAUGAAGCCAAGCCGCGAGGACCAGGCGGCGCCCGCUGGGGGCCCCUGGGAGGAGUGCUUCGAAGCGGCGGUGCAGCUGGCCUUGAGGGCAGGACAGAUCAUCAGAAAAGCCCUUUCUGAGGAAAAACGUGUCUCAACAAAAACAUCAGCUGCAGAUCUUGUCACAGAAACAGAUCACCUUGUGGAAGAUUUAAUUAUCUCUGAGCUGCAGAAGAGGUUCCCUUCGCACAGGUUCAUUGCAGAAGAGGCUGCGGCUGCUGGGGCCAAGUGCGUGCUCACCCCCAGCCCCACUUGGAUUGUCGAUCCCAUUGACGGCACCUGCAACUUUGUGCAUAGAUUUCCAACUGUGGCAGUAAGCAUUGGAUUUGCUGUGAACCAAGAGCUUGAAUUUGGAGUGAUUUACCACUGCACAGAGGAGCGGCUGUACACCGGCCAGAGAGGCCGGGGUGCCUUCUGCAACGGCCAGCGGCUCCAGGUCUCCGGGGAGACAGAAUAUUCAAAAGCCUUGGUUCUGACAGAAAUCGGUCCCAAACGUGACCCUGCUACUCUGAAAUUGUUCCUGAGCAACAUGGAGAGGUUACUCCACGCCAAAGCUCACGGGGUCCGAGUAAUUGGGAGCUCCACCUUGGCACUCUGCCACUUGGCCUCGGGGGCUGCAGACGCCUAUUACCAGUUUGGCCUGCACUGCUGGGACCUGGCUGCCGCCACUGUCAUCAUCAGAGAAGCAGGUGGCAUUGUGAUGGAUACCUCAGGUGGACCUUUCGACCUCAUGUCUUGCAGAGUGGUUGCUGCUGGCACCCGAGAAAUGGCGAUGCUCAUAGCUCAGGCCUUACAAACGAUCAACUAUGAACGGGAUGAUGAGAAGUGAAAGGGAGCAGAGGAAAAGAGAAAUGCAACCGCAGGACUGGUUCUUUCUGGGAAUGCUGAAGCCGGCUGCCAAUGCCCUGGGGAGGAAGCUGCCUUGAGCAGCCUGCACUCGUGUCAAGUGUCUCCUGCAUUCCUAACUACCCCAAAGGGAGGUGUCCUGCUAAAGUAUGUGGCUCUAGUUAAAUCCACAUCUUUCACCGGGAUUUGGUAUUUAGCUGGUUUCUGUCUUUAAUCUCACAUAGCCUUUUUCAGGUUAGUACAGUUUCUUCUAUCAGGGCCAAAACCCAAAUCUCACGAUGUACAUACUGAUAAUUCAGUCUCGACUUUUUUUCCAGAAUACAAAUCUCAGGUUAAUAAUGCUUUAGAACUGCUGAUAAAGCGGACUUGUUCUCAGGCCCUCACCCAUGAUUCUUCAGACUGUAAUAAAUCAAAAUAAUGGCACUCUGCUUAUCUUCUCCCUCCAUAAGUGUGUCACCUGUUUCCCCAAACAAUGCACAAAAUCAACAGCUGUAGAUGCAUUUAAGACUUAAUGACGACUAUUAGAAUAAUACCAAGAGAUGGAAGUAUUCUCCUUAGCCAGGGUCCCCAUGAACCAAACCAGUGGUAUCAAAGAAAUCAGAGAAUGUGUCUGAUGAGGUAUCAACCUGUUUUAGCCAGGUAGCUUGUUUGUUAAUUUCUUAUAUUUGAGCAUCCACAGUACCAAAGGUGUUGAUCCAGGUAGACUCCUCCUCGUUCAGCCAACAAGUAAUCUAAAGCAAUUCUGUUAUCUAAAACCAGCUUAGCAAGAAAGCCUAGGGACUUUUGUUGUACAGCUGUGGCUUUAGCAGUAGGCUCAGCAAUGGUUAUCAGAGUUAGGGAUAAGUUUCUGAUCACAUAUUCGUUUGUACAAACUCCAAGCCAAGGAAGAAGAGACCGUCCAAAUGAUGCCCAUCCAGAGGGGUUAGCAUCUGCUGGUAAACUUCUUUUUGGUCACUAGUAUAAAUUCAAGGGAGUGGACCAAUGUUGAGUUUCUGAAGCAUUAUGAAGGGACAAUGAGUAAAUGCAACAAGAGCACAUUGUCCCUUCAGCCUCCAGCUGUCAAGACAAUGAGUUAUAGAGGCUGUUGCCAAAACUUCCACAUACAAAGGUGCAGCCAGGAGGUGUACACAGGGCUCCUUUGUAAGAAUUAGCAUUUAUGGACCCACUGGUCACUGUUAGUAUCAUUCAGUGAAGACUCAAAUACUGUAUUAUCACAUAUUGAAAGACCAUCUAAAUAUAUGGGCCUGACAGCAAGCCUACAAAUGGUUGAUGCACUGGCCGCUCUUUUAUACAUGUAUUAACAGUGUUUUUUGCAUACGUAUUCAGUGGAUCUUGUUUUCCCAUCCCAGGGUUGGAUUAAACUGAGGCAAGGAACCAGGUAUAUGUGAAUUUAGUAUUUUAACAUUUAAAAGGGACCUGUGAAACAAUUGAGGCAUACAUGGCAUUCAGGAUUCCAGUGAAAUCACUUAUAGGGUGAAUAAGUGGUUUCUCUUCAUUUUUGGUUUAGCAUAACAAAUCCAGCAGUUAAGUUUCCUACAGUAACUUGUUUGUGAAAUCCUAAUUAUGAUGUUGCCUUCCCAUACAUUAAUAGAGAGAAAAAGCAGACAGCAAGUAGGAAAAAGGAAUAAAGGGUUCAUAUUGGA